AUGGUUCAUUCUAAACAUCAACAAAACAGUUACUCUAUUGAUAAUUUAUUAGAUCGAUCAUUACCAAAUUGUCUUAGUCAUCAAUGUCCUUGUUCUAUUGUACAUGAUGAUUCACAUACAAACAUACGCUUUGUUAAAAGAACAAAUAAUCGUCAUCAUCUACAUCAUGCACAAUCAACUACUACAGAUAUCAUUCCAUUAAAUUCUCCAGCUUGCAGCAAACGUGGUUCUCCUUCAAGUGAUCCUGAUGAUGAUGAUUUUCAAAUAGUUUCACAUCAAAAAAAGAAAAAACAAGUUGUUAUUCAUAAUCGUCAACAACAUCAUCAACAACAUAGCAGUCCUGUUAAAACAAACAGUACGUUGACCAAUCCAGUUCGUUCUAUUGUUUCACGUUCAACUACAAAUAUAAAUGCUAAUAAUAAUAUUGUUCAACAUGAUACACAAGUUCAUCAAAUUAUAACAACAGCUGCAACUCGUUAUGCCACAUCACGAUUUCCAUUUCCACCAUUUAUUACACGUUUCAAUUCGAACAAGGUAUCUUUAAAAAUUUUUAAAGAGGAGAUGGUAAACCAUUUUAAAAUAAAUCAUCAAAUUGAAAUUGAUAUUCUUAAUUGUCGUUCAUCUAAUGUAAACUGUACUAAUAAUGAUAUAGAUAUUCUUCUGUAUUUAAAAGAUUCGGUUUCUUUUGCCUCGUUAUAUGAUAAAAAUAUCUGGCCAUUAACUAUUGCUGGUGAGAAUUAUUUGUUCCCUUCCUGGCCAGCUAUUCCACCACAACUAUCACUCAUUAUGAAGAAUGUCAAUGUUCGUAUUGAUUUCAUUGAAUUUAAUAAUGAAGUUAAAUCACUUGUUCCUGAUGUUAAAAACGUUAUUCGUAUGAAAAACAAGUUCGGUAAUGACAUCCAUAUGAUUAAACUUGAACUUACAUCACCAACAGCUCGUCAAAAGUUACUUGAUACAAAAAAAUUAACAGUAAAUUAUAUUUCGUAUGAUAUCACUGAAUUUCUUGCUCCAGUCAACGUUCUUGUCUGCUCAAAGUGUAGUGGUAUUGGUCAUUUUCGUAAACAAUGUACAGAACAACUUGAAACUUGUAAAACUUGUUCACAAGCAUUUCCUGAUAUUAAAUCUCAUCGUUGUACAGCGGAACCAAAAUGCAAACACUGCAAUGGUGAUCAUCCUUCAAACUCGAUUAAAUGUCCAUUUAUUAAAUCAUAUAGAGCUGAACUAACCAAAAAAUUACUUAAUACAAACAAUCGUACUACUUUAUCAUCAACAACUACUAAUGAUGUUAAUAAUUAUGUUUAUGACCCGUCGAAUUUUCCUCCUCUACCUGCACCUCACGUUUCAUUAAAUGGUCCAGUAUUAUCUAAAUUAGAUGAUUUAAUCAGUAAAAUUGCUCAAGUUAGUCAACAGCUCUCAAAUGUAGCUGCUAAACAAGAAAAAUUUGAACAUUUUAUGGUGGAAAGUGCUAAUCAUAAUGUACGAAUUAUUCAACAAAUUGAUGUCUUAAAUAAACGUGAACAAGAAUUAAACGCUGAUCUUUUACAACACAAUUUAUUCAUUGAAAGACAUGAAAAUUUGUUCAAGAAAUUAUUAAUUCCUAUGUUCGAAGAUCUGUUUGGACUUAUUGCUGCUCAAAAUCAAGAUAAAAAAGGAAACACACUUGAUGCUGACUUAAAAUGCAAACUAGAACGUUAUCUAGUACAAUUGAAGAAAACAAGGGAAGGUAAACAUUGCUUGAACUAA